AUGCACGUUUUGCAGCAACGAGUGAAACACGAGGAACGCCAGCAGCACAAUGCAUCAGCAUUACAGGAGCAGCAGGAGGAGCGCCACCAGCGGCAAAAGGAGCCGGCAGCAACAACAACAGCAGCAGCAGCAGCAGCAGCAGCAGCAGCAGCAGCAGCAGAAGCUGCAGCUGCAGCCGAGACAAACCCGAGUAGUAGCAGUACCCAGCAGCAGCCGCACAGCCCCAGAAGAAGAGGUAGCCUGAACAGGAGGAAAACACUCCACCUGCAGCAGCAGCAGCAGCAGCAGCAACAGCAGCAGCAGCAACAGCAGCAGCAGCAGCAGCAGCAGCAGGCAGCAGCAGCAGCAGCAGCAGCAGCAGAAGCAGCAGCAGCAGCAGUAGCAGUAAUAGCAGCAGGAAAAGUUAUAAUCACGCGGAGCGAGAGCCCACCCACCCCACCCCACCCCGACCCGCGAAAGCUGCAGCAAAAACACAGCCUGGCGGGGCAGGUGUAG